CACACGACAGGAGGCAGCAAACUGCCACGUGACUGUUGUUACAUUACUUUCACUCUCAUUUAUCAAGAAGUUCCACUGUUUGAAGCUGAGAGGAAGAGGAUUAAAAUGUCAUACAUCGACAAAGAAAAGCUCAUGGACUUUGACUCCUGUUACGAUCUGAGCCAAGAUAAGGAUGAAGCUCUCAUUGUUCUCUCACUGAACUGGACAAAGUCUGAUGAACUACAAACAAAGAAGAGGCUACAAACUAGUCUACAGAAAAUGCUUCAGUCCUGGUUCAACAAACGCGAACGUAAAUUGGACUGCUCAGUGAAAAGAACCUUAAGUGAUGAGCGUGUUGUGAUAAUCGUUAAACCAGCUCCAGCCAUCACUGAGCUUCAGAAACUGAGUACACAAACACUAACUGGGAAGGAUGGAAAUUCAGUCACCAUAACAUCCAUCAGUCUGACUCUGCCAUCUCCAGAGCUCGAUACAGAAGUACCAGAGGAUGCUUCAAUGAACCUCCCUCUUUCCCUGACAAAGCCUCAAACUGAGCAAGUUCAACCACAAAAACAGAGUAAAGCUGGUUCUGCAGCUGGGGAAGAGACACGUUCUUGUUCUGUCCCAGUGAGUCAUUUUUGGUAUGUGAACCACAUGUACAAGGAAGAAAUGAAACGUAUUGAGAAAGAGAACGGAGUUAAAAUUGAAGCAGAGUUAAAGUUGAAAUUUCAAGUAGACAAAAAACAUGGGAGCCCAGACAAUGCUCUAAAAGAGUUUCAAAACCUCAUGCAGAACAGUAUAACUGAAUCCAGUGGCUCAGUUAUUCCUCUCAAGUUCAUUGAUCCAGAUCAGUGGAGAGAUGCGCUGAAAACCAUCCAGAAAAAUAAAAAUAAACUUUUGGUUACUCUGACCUCUGAAGGAAUGACUGUACAAGGACCAAGACAUAGUCAAGAUGUCAUCAGUAAGUCGUUAUUUGCAGAUACAGUGCAGCAUGCAAACACUCAUGCUUUUCUUGAAGAGUAUGAGAAAAAGAUCCAAGACACAUCACUGAAGACUGACAGGACCACCAAAGACUUGUGGCCGAUGACUACCUCUUGCAACAAGGAAGUAGACAGGAUCAAAGCUGGGUUUAAUGUGGAAACCAAAGAAUCAGACAUUAGUCAAGGAAAAGUCGGUGUGAAAACUUUACACAAACAAGUUGAAGGACACUCCUUCAUGAAGGACUGCAGUCUCAAAUCUGCUUUCCAACCAUACUGGAUGACUCACUGUGACUUACUGAUGAAGACAAACAACAUUUCUCAAUCAGAGGGGGCCUCUAAUGAACCUAUGUUGAAUGGCCAAUCAGCAAACAGGAUGCACAACACUGACCGACCAACUGACAGUGAAACAAGAUCAGGUGACCAAAAGGAUGAAAGGUGUCCUAUAUGUUUGGAUCCAUUCAAAAAUAAGAAACAGCUCAAGUGUAAACAUGAAUUUUGUAAAGACUGCCUGAGACAAGCACAGGAGGCGACUGGGCCCAUCUGUCCUGUAUGCAGAGUCGUCUUUGGUAAGAUAAUCGGAGACCAACCAGAUGGAAGAAUGUCGGACUAUACAAUGCCCUCUUUCCUCCCUGGAUUCUCAGACUGUGGCACCAUAGUUAUCAACUAUGAGAUUCAAAGUGGAAUACAGACGGAAAAACAUCCCAAUCCUGGAUGGCCCUACUCAGGUAUUCAUAGAAGAGCAUAUCUUCCAAACAACAAAGAGGGCAAUGAAGUGCUGCAACUGCUGAAAAGAGCGUUUCAGCAGAGGCUCAUUUUUACUGUUGGGACAUCCAGAACAACUGGCAUAGAGGGCCAGGUGACCUGGAAUGACAUUCACCACAAAACAUCCAUGUUUGGAGGACCAGAUCGCUUUGGGUAUCCUGACCCUAAGUACCUGAGCAGAGUCAAAGAGGAGUUAAAGGCCAAAGGCAUUGAGUGAAGUCUUUGAUACAAAGUGCAGCUGGAUUAAAAAUCAGAGGUUAAAAACAAGAUGACUCUUUAAACAGACACUGAAAUUCAAAUACUCUGUUUUGCUCUUUUCUCUGUUAAUGUUUCAAAUGAUCAGUAAGGGUUAGAAUUGACUUCUUUCAUUAGCUACAUAUAUUAUCUUCAAAUACUAAAUGAUGUUUUUUUUUUUCUGUUGAUUGUCAAAGUUUU